AUCUCUCCUCCCUGUUAACUUUUCUCUCCAACCCUCUGGACAGCGAGGUUUCUCUCAGAAAAGAGACCUUAAGGACGUAUGCUCCGAACUUGACCUAGAGUGGCUAGCAACAGAGAAGCUCAAAGCCGAUAAAGGAAAGGGUAAAGGGGAGGAGGCAUGCAGAAGAGUAGAGGAGCGGGAAAGCAGUGUCCAGUUCCCCCCUACUCCAACUCCCACCCGUGCUACGCGUCGUAGCCCCGGUUUGGAGCCACAGCGGGGAUUGCACCGGCCCUGUACCCCCUCCCAGAGGACAAGAUGCGCUCCCCGCCCCACUGGGCUGGGGCUGGAGCUGCCGAGCCGGUGCUGAACGCAAGGGUGGGGGCUUCCGAAUGAAGGUACGGGAGAGGGCGGGGGCGAGGCUCUGCGCCUUCUCGCCCCUUCUUCAGCUAGAGACUCGGCGGCGGCGGCGGAGUCCCUCAGCCUCGGUCAUGUGAUAGUCUCGAAGCGCGAGCUGCGGGGGUCUAGGCGUCUCAGGGACUAUUACAAAACGCAGCCAGGAGAGCGCGUCGCCGCCACAGCCGCCGCCUCCUCUUCUCAAGACCCGCCCGGUAGAGCAACGGCAGCUGCAGCGAGGACCGCUGAGCUGGCCUGGGCCAGUCAGGCACUCGCCUGUCCUUCGCAGGCGCCCCCUCCAGCCUGCCGUUCUCGCCUAGCGUCCUGCACCCGGGCUCCUCUGCAGAGCUUGAAGGCGCCGCUGCUGCAGAAACCACCAAACUUUUUACCCGCAGCGACCGCCUAGGGAUCGGUGUUUCUUCCAUCCUCAGCCCCGCUGCGAAUCUCCAGAGAAACAGGGAGGGCCACUGGCUUCCAGAAGAGGUGCUUCUCUCUCCUUACUUUAUCUCUCUUCUCCAGGAAAAAAACGAGAACUCCUUCGUGGACUAAGCAGUGGGCUAAGGGGCAGCGCCCAGGGCGCCUGAAAUCACGCCACCUCUGGCUUCCAGGUCAUCUAAUGCAAACUCGGGUUUAAAGAGCUAGAGUCUCCACUAUCCAGUUCUUCCUUCCAGGCAAUUUGCCGUGGGCUUCCGUGGGCCGAGAAAAGGCAAAGAAGAGGCCACAAAGAAAAACGGCCCCUCGCCACUCGCUCCUCCGCCUCCUGCUCCAGCAUUCAUUCUCUGGCCACCCAGGGGAAUACGCAGAGAAGGCGACGGUAAAGCUGGCGCGCCCCUCCCGCGACUGUGUGCGCCUGUCGGCGACCGUCCGGACCAGAAGUUGCGGGCGUCCUAGAGCGGAGUUGGCCCGAAAGACCAAGCGCGGAGACUCCCGGCUACUCCAAGAAGGCGGGGAAAAGAAGCUGAGCGGGCCUGAGAGGCUAGAGGGAGGGGUGGCUGAGCUGGACCGGGGGAGUGGGAGUUAGUGAGGGCAUCCAGGCCCCGGGAGUGGUGUGCGGAGCCGCGCUGCGGCCCACUGUGGGCCGGAGGGUAGUGGAGGAGCUGGGGGCGAUGCCGCGGCCGGGAAAGAGUUCGUACAGUGACCAAAAGCCGCCCUAUUCGUACAUCUCGCUGACGGCCAUGGCCAUUCAGCACUCGGCGGAGAAGAUGCUGCCGCUGAGCGACAUUUACAAGUUCAUCAUGGAGCGCUUCCCCUACUACCGCGAGCACACUCAGCGCUGGCAGAACAGCCUGCGCCACAACCUCUCCUUCAACGACUGCUUCAUCAAGAUCCCGAGGCGGCCAGACCAGCCGGGUAAGGGUAGCUUCUGGGCGCUGCACCCCGACUGCGGCGACAUGUUUGAGAACGGCAGCUUCCUGCGGCGCCGCAAGCGCUUCAAGGUGCUGCGCGCCGACCACGCUCACCUGCAUGCUGGAAGCACCAAGGGCGCGCCGGGAGCGGGUUCCGCGGGUCACCUGCAUCCCCACCAUCCCCAUCACCCACACCACCACCAUCACCAUCAUCACGCUGCCACACACCACCACCAUCACCACCACCCGCCCCAGCCGCCUCCGCCCCCGCCCCCGCCGGUCCCUGUAGGCCCAGAGUACGGGGCAUUCGGGGUGCCAGUCAAGGCCCUGUGCCACUCAGCAAGCCAGAGCCUGCCGGCUGUGCCGGUGCCCAUCAAGCCUACACCUGCGCUACCACCCGUGACCGCGCUGCCGCCGGCGCUCACGGUCCCGGCGGCUUCACAGCAGCCGCCAACGCCAACUGCGGUGUGCUCUGCCUCCACAGCCUCGCCCGCAGCCUCUUUGCUGGAGCCCACCGCUCCAAGCGCGGCGGAGAGCAAGGGCGGCUCCCUGCACUCGGUUCUGGUGCACUCCUAAGUGACCCGGCGGGGUAGGGAAAACAAACGCGAGAAGAGACACCCGGCGCAGAACUGCACCUACCGCCCCAGAGGGAGAGGGCGCCCUCAGAAGGCCGGGCAGAGCUGGCGAGUCCGAGGCUUUGCGUUAAAGGAAGGUAUUUAAACCAGCGAACAAAAUCCGAAAAGUGGAUUGUCCAGUGGUCUGAAUAAACAUAACUCUCCUGGUGUCUGUGUUUAUACUAUGUUGUACAAUCAGAUUAAUGAAAGUCAAUUUUCAGGUAAGAGUUUCUAUUGUAAUUAUUAUAAUCAAUAAGUUAUGGGGGGAGGGAGCAAAGGAGGUUGGGGAGCCUCAUUCACUGGCAAAUUGACAAUGGAUUUCGACCCUUAUUUCUGGGAGCAGAAACUGACUGAACUGAACCUCUCGGAGAAAUCUAACAGAGAGUGAUGCUGAAACGGAUUUCAGCCGCCAAGUUUCUCUCAUCCCUUGGCAGUCGCCUCUCUUGAAUAUUCAAGACAAAACUCCAUCCACUAAGGAAACCUCCUUUCAGUUGAGAAGGAAAAAGGGGUACCUUUGAUACCGUUAUUUUCUAGGUCAGCUAAAUGAGCCAAAACACAGCGUGAAGAAUAAAAUCACUUUGAGCGGGGAGGAGACAGUAGGAGCGCACAGGAAAGGUCUUUGGGAAACAGUUGAGUUUCUUGGCCCUGACCGGGGGUCGAGAAAGAUAGGAGGAAUCGCUAAAGCAAUUAGUUUGCAUACAAAAAAAAAAAAAAAAAAAAAAAGAGUGGCAGCGACUUAAAGAGCGAAACCCCAGAUUCCAAAAGUAAAGUUGGGGAAACAACACAACCAAAGAGAGACAAUACAAGCGACUUUCCACCGGCAGUUCGUUUGUAUGUCAAUCAGAUGGGAGAUCUUGAGGAGCCCAAGAAUACAGUGAAUUCCCACGAUCUGUUCUAUCUGGAAUUUAAAGAAAAAAAAAGUCACUUAUAUCACGAGAUUUUGUUCUCUUGACUCAUUAAUACGAGAAAAACUUAUGCAUCAUCCAACAGUGUUGCUUUUUUUUAUGCUUGCAAGAGCGUUGGGGGCUGUUCCCUGCCAACCUUCUUGGAUAGAAGCUACCAGUCUGACCCCGUCACUUUUGCACGCUGCAGCAGUUCAGUGUUAUUCCCUGUGCUGUUUGGGCGCUUGUGUCUUUCAGGCAAAUUCUGCAGUUUCAGUUUGUGAACGGAAAAGAAAAUUGCCUUGUCUCUGUGGCCCUACCCCCUCUUUUGAGUCCCAGGAAUAGCACUUUACUUGCAACAAACUUUUAGGAACGAAGUGGGAAGGAGUGGGGAGGAAUCAGCUUUGCUCUUUGGCUCUAAUCACCUCUGGCUUGUGUCCGCGCCGCGCUGGGGUUGUGACUGCACUUGGUUCCUGUCUGCUGGUGUUGUACGCGGUGUUCUCCAUUAAAGCUUCUCUCUGGACAUUCCGA